CCCGAAAAAAAAGAAGCUACCGUCUUUUUCUAGCCGUUGGGGCUGAAAUUGAACCAUCAUCAUCACCCUCAUCGUCUUCUUCUCUUUUACCCUAAUUUAUCUUCUUAUCCCCAGCGAAGUUUUCUCGAUUUUGAUCUGAUUGGUAUAGAUCUCCGGUGAAGUAAUACACUGGAGGGAGAUGAAGUCAUCGAGAAUGAAGUUUGCAAAGAAGUUGAAAUCAAUUAGAGCCGGAGAAUAUCUGAAUCAGGAUCGAAUUCUCCAGGUUCUUUCUGCUGCAGAUGAGUUUCUUCCAAAGAUAUCUAACCACAUUCCUCAGAUUACAUCCGCCGCUUCUAUCUGGAGAACCCCUCAAAAGUCUGAAAAUCAAAUUGCAAAUGUAACGGAACUUUUGGAAAACGUGAGACAAGGAGAAGAAGAAGCUUCUGGAAAUUUUGUCGGCGACGAGGAGAACGUACGGCCUCCGGUGAAUCAGAUUCCGAGAGUUCCGUGUGAUCGGAAAGAGAGUAAACUGGCAGUUUCAUGCGGAUCUGAUACAGGAAUCGGAAGAAAGAGUUUCGGAUCUGGAUUUAGAAGACCUGAUUUGAAUUCGACCACACUUUUCGAUCCGAAACUGUUAGAAGCAUUUGAAUUAGCUGCGUUAUGCUUUAGGAAGAUUAAGGAUUUUUCCAGAGAAGCCAGAGUCAAUGAUGAAGACGACAUCGUCUUUCCCGAGGAAGAGGAAAUCAGAAAAGACGGGAAUAGCAUUCCUCCGGUGAUUAGCGUCGUAGAGUAUAGACGGAAAGACGAAAAUGUCGUCGUUCUUCACAAAGAUGAUGGAAAUGCCCUUCAGAUUGUAAAUGCGAUCAGGGAAGAAGUCAUCGGAGAAGAAGACAUUGGAAAAGACGGAAAUACCCUUAUGGAUCCGUUGUUGGAAUUCGAGGAACGGUGUCCUCCGGGAGGAGAGGAAUCCGUUGUUUUCUACACAACGACUCUUCGAGGAAUCAGAAAAACGUUCGACGAUUGCAACAUGAUCCGAUUUCUGCUGGAUAGUUUUAAGGUUAAGUACUACGAGAGAGAUGUGUCGAUGCAUAGAGAGUAUAGAGAAGAGCUCCGACGAAUCUCAGCGGCGGAAACAGAGGUGUUGCCUCCGGUUCUGUUCGUAAAAGGAAGGUGUAUCGGUGGAGCUCAGAGAGUGUUGGGACUGCACGAGCAAGGGAAGUUUAAGAUUCUCUUUGAGGGCAUUCCAAUCACCGGAGAUGAACGUUGCCGGCGGUGCGAUGGUUUUAGGUUUUUGAUGUGUGAUGGAUGCAGAGGUAGUCGCCGGAUUAUCUCUGGUGAUGGAUCAAGAAUUCAGUGUUUGAUAUGUAAUGAGAAUGGGUUAAUUGUGUGCGUUGGUUGCUCCUAAUACCAUUUUUUUUGUUUGGUCUAUAUAUAUCAAAUUACAUUAUUCGUUUAUUAUUUUUCUUAGUAUUGUAACGAUUUUUUUAUACAGAAAAUAAAUAUGGUCAUCAG